GGAGCUGCUGUUCUGCAUGACUCAGUGAUUUUGGGAGAAGGCCCUGCUGGGCUUUCCUGUGCGAAGCCUUUGCUUGGAGGGGGAUGGGGACCCAGUGGGAUCCGAACUUGUUUUAAAAUCUGCUGGAACGUGGGAAGGGGUUUUUCUGCCGUCGUGUUUUGGUUUUCCCAACGUCGCUGAGUUUCUCCCCCAAGAUCUCUUUUGUGAAGGAAAAGGAGCACCUUCCCUUUUGUUUCAGGCAUUUAGGCUGGUAAGCGUGAAAUUCUUUGGUCGCUUUCUAUGCACUCUGUAAAGCUGUGUUUUUGGGAAAGGCCAAGUUAUGUUUAUUGAUUGAGUGCCUUCUAAGAAUCUGAUCCAAAGAGAUUAGGGUAAAGUCGUGAGGUCACAGAGCCCGUUAAAUCUGGCAUUCGGGUGAUUUACAGAGUUUGAAAAUCUAAAUUUUAAUUUCAUUUUAAGACUUUAAAAUAUAGGAUUUCAGAACUCAAUUGAUAGGAUAUUGCACUUUUAUCUUUAAAUUUUUUUCUUUAAAUGUACAAUUAAAAAAAUUUGUUGUAGUUUCUUCUCCCCUACUUGCUCUCAGGCCCGAUAUCAAUCAGGCCUUUACCAAUCAUUCUGAUCUACUUCAUUGGGCAAAAAGGGAACUGAGAUCUGGAAAAAAAGGACUUGUACAAGGUAACUGGUUAGUUAGUGGUAAGUUAGAGAACAGAACUCGGGUCUCCUAACACGCGGGUGAGUCAUCCCUUCACGUCAUAUGCACCUUGAAUCAAACAAAUUGCAUGAGCAUAAAAAGCCCUUUAUUCAGAUUUGGGUUUGGAGAGUUGUUUCCAGUUUACAUGCCAGGGUUGUAGUCUUUGUUGUUGUUGGGUUUUGUUUUGUUUUGUUUUAAAGCUAUGAGUUAGAGGAAGCCACAGACUGUAUAAGAAAUACGCAUUCUAGCUAUACUUGAUAGAACUACACAUGAAUGAUCGAGUUUCUUAACUCUAAAGGAACUAAAUCGUAGUGAUGCUGUAUUUCGAUAUAUACGUGUGUGUAUAUAUACAACUAAGGAAAGACCUAUUUAUUCUGCCUGCUGGCCCCCCAAAAAUUUUUGGCACAGAACAUGAGAAUUCUUUAUUGCUUUGUUGCUCUGUCUGCUAUUCCUUCUUGGUUUAUAAACAACCUGACUAUUGUGGCCUCAUGAGUGGAUUAAUGAUGCUUGCAUCUUCUAGACUGAGUUUGAGAUUGUCCUCUAGUUCUCCCUGGUGACACUUAAAAAACAAAACAAAACUGUGACAGCCUUAAUCAUAUUUGUGUUUUCUCAUUAUGUUAAACGUAUGAACGCUGCAUCUUUAGUUCUUGGGGUAGUGUAGGAGUUGGCAGGCUCUGAGAUAUAAAUAGAAGCUGAUUUCAGAGGCCCCUGUUGACUGGGUUUUAUGUGAGAGCCUCCAUCGAACUCAGCUCAGCCUGUCACAUUGCAGCCUUGUGACAGGCUGAGGUGCCCGCCCAUGUGAUCUAAGCUUCUGAGAAGUACUAAGGCAAGCUAUGCACAUGUGAUGGCAUUUUAAAAGCUAGCUUUCUAGGGGGAAAAUCUAAAAAUAGGAAGCCGUUAGAAGAGUCUCAUGCCCUGGUUCUUGUGUGUAGUGUCUUAGAACUCAAAGUGAUUUAUAGUGAAUUGAAGGGAGAUGUGUUUCCUGGGGAAGGAAAGGUGGAAUACUCUGCAUGUUGAAGUAGAUGAAAUUACUAGAUAGGGCUUCCUCUGUUUUAUUUAUAUAAAAACACAAAGAACUUUAAGAAUAGGAUUAACUAAAACUACUUAAUGUGUGUUGACGUUUGUAUGCCAGUUUGCUUUUAAAGCCAAUGUCAGAUGAUGUUGGAAAUUAGUGUAGAAAGGAUGUGCUAGCGUAAUUCUUCAGCUGACUACAAGGAAUGCCCAGCUUUUUGCAUAGGGCAAAAGAUUGAUAAACUUUGUGCAUGGUGAGCAUGCAAAUAAAUCCGUAAUUUAUUAUUUGAAGCAUUUUUGUGCUUAUGUUGUACUUAGCAUAUUUUAAAAACCCAGCUUGAAUGUGUUUAUUAAUAAACAAGUGAUAUUGAAAUAUUUUUACUACCCUGCUCCAAAAUGAGUCAGCUAAAUUCCACUUACUGUUUAAAGAGACAGUGUCAACUAAAGUAAUACUAUUGUUCAAAGUAAGUUGUGGACCUUGGUCAUACAUCAUACAAGAUUUAUUGGCUUGAAUAUUUGUAUGGUGUCCUUUUGCUAACAAGGAAGGGUUACUAACCUUUAAAUGUUAGGGGAAUAAUUGUCAGGAUUCUGGCCAGGUGAAAAUUGCUUAUCCCCUCACCCCCUUUUUAUAAUUUGGUAAAAAGUGUUAACACUUGAGUGUUUGUAACACACUAAGGAGUAUAUUUAUUAUAGUAUGUGGUAGUUGGAAAAAAACAUGAAAUUCCAGAAAUGACAAGUUCAUGCUUUAGAAGUACUUUACUUACAUGAAAUGACUUGAGAAACCAUAAGUCACCUUUAUUAUUGACAGUAAAGUGUACUUAUUAAAUGACAGUGACCACAAGUUAUAACACACAAUUUCCCUUUGAUAAAAUGCUUUCAAAUGCAUUUUGAACAUUCAUGUUUUAAGAUGAUGAGAAAAGCCUCUACAGUUUUCCUUUUUUUUUAAAUAAUUUUUCUUAAAUGUGUAUUUUGUUAGCGACAUGGACUUCUUUACCAAGAGGAAAACUAACUAAAGUCAGCAAAAUUUUGUGCUAGUUUCAAAAAAGCUAGAAAAACAAGGAUAUACUUGCAGUAUGAAGUUCUUUCUGGUAAUCUAGCAUUAAAUAUUAAUAUUACUGAAAGUUAUGUAUUUAUAUUUUACGUUGGCAUACUGCAUUUGCUCAUGGAAAGAUUUCAUUACUUUGUGGUAUGAGGAAGACAAGCGCUUGUUAAAAGUUUUAAUAGCUAGAGCUUUUGGCUAAGAAGUCUAUGACUGGUAAUUUGUGCAUUGCAGGUUUCUAGGCACUGGCUUUAAAGUACUCAGAACCAGAUUUUCACACCUCAGUUGUAGAACAUAAAAAGGAGUUUCAUAAGCAGCUGACCCUUAAAUUCUUAAAGAGCUUCACUUGUUGCUGCCCAGUAACAGGGAAGGUUAGUUGAUCUUCCAGCUCUGUUUUCAGUCAUCUGUGAAGACAUUUCAAAGUUUAAAAAGUACAGAUGCCCAGCCCCUUAGCAGAAUUAUCCAAUCAUAUUAUUUACGGUGUUUUAAGAAAGCUUUAUAGGUAGAUUCAAUAUGCAGUCAGUUGUAAGAACCACUAACAGACAUCAGCAGCCAGUGGUUAAUUGUAAUCAUUGUAGUUUUUUUUUUUUUUUUCAUUUUCAAGUUCCAUUUAAUAUGUUUCAAGUUCCAUUUAAUAUGUUUUUGGCCAGUGAAGUAAAAAUGUGAUUUGAAAUGGUCUGCCUAUAUUGUUGGAGAGCAGAAAGUGACUUAAAGAUACCAAUUGGCCAAAUUAAUUAAAAUACUAUUCUGAUACCUGGCCGAGUGACCUUUUCAGAAAUUGAAACAGAAUAAUAGUGACAGCUGAAAUAAUUCAUUUUAAUGUUUAAUGGUACAUAUAUUUUUGUCCUAAAGAAUGUAAAGCCAUUAUAGUCCACUAUCAAGCUGUGACAUAAUUUUCUUUGUUGUUGUAUAAAGGCAACCAAAUGUUCAUAAUUUCCUUCACCCACUCUUUAACAAUUAACACAAUUUGAGCCUUAUUAGAACAAACUUGGUUUUUAGAACUAAAGGUAGACCGAUGACUUUAUUAAGGAUCCCUGUUGCUCAGGAGUUAAAGCACAUGACUGCUAACUGAAGGGCAGUUCAGACCUACCAGUCCGAGGGAGAAAAAUGUGACAGUCUGCUUCCAUAAAGAUUUACAUCCUUGGGAACCCCAUCGGGCAGUUCUCCCCUUGUCACUAGGAGUCAGAAUCAACUCAGUGGCAGUGAGUUUGGUUUUUUGGUUUGAUGACUGUAUUACACUAAGUUGAUUUUAUUUUGGAGGAAUGUUAAUUUCUAAAGUUUUGUCUUGUUUUGUUUUGUUUAUAGCAGAAAAAUAUGGCUCAGGAGACUAACCAGACCCCAGGGCCCAUGCUGUGUAGUACAGGGUGUGGCUUUUAUGGGAAUCCUAGGACAAAUGGAAUGUGUUCUGUUUGCUACAAAGAACAUCUUCAGAGGCAGCAGAACAGUGGCAGAAUGAGCCCAAUGGGGACAGCUAGUGGUUCCAACAGUCCUACCUCAGAUUCUGCAUCUGUACAGAGAGCAGAUGCUAGUUUAAACAACUGUGAAGGUGCUGCUGGCAGCACAUCUGAAAAAUCAAGAAAUGUGCCUGUGGCUGCCUUGCCUGUAACUCAGCAAAUGACAGAAAUGAGCAUUUCAAGAGAGGACAAAAUAACAACCCCGAAAACAGAGGUGUCAGAGCCAGUUGUCACUCAGCCCAGUCCAUCAGUUUCUCAGCCCAGUACUUCUCAAAGUGAAGAAAAAGCUCCUGAGUUGCCCAAACCAAAGAAGAACAGAUGUUUCAUGUGCAGAAAGAAAGUUGGCCUUACAGGGUUUGACUGCCGAUGCGGAAAUUUGUUUUGUGGACUUCACCGUUACUCUGACAAGCACAACUGUCCAUAUGAUUACAAAGCAGAAGCUGCAGCAAAAAUCAGAAAAGAGAAUCCAGUUGUUGUGGCUGAAAAAAUCCAGAGAAUAUAAAUUUACUACUUGUGAAGAGACUGAAACUUUGUUUUUAUUUUAAUAUAUCGUAGGAAAACAUUAAAGAGCAGAUGCAUGGCCAUUUUCCUUUGAUGUUCUCCAGAGUUUUACUUUACACUUGUCUGUCUUAUUGAUAUUUUAGGAUGUUUGGGUGUUUGUUACAGGCAGAAUUGGAUAGAUACAGCCCUACAAAAUGUAUAUGCCCUCCCCCUGAAUAAAAUUGGAUGCAAGUCUGCUCAGCAAAUUGAAAAACACUGAUAUUCGGGACAAGAUUUAGUUCCACGUGCCAAACAAAAUACAUGAAAUCUCUGCAUGUUUGCAGCAUAUCUGCCUUUUGGGAAUGUAAUCAAGGUAUAACCUUUGGCUAGUGUUAUGUGCCUGUAUUUUUUCUAAAAAAAUGGUUACACCAGAAAAGGACUGGCAGUCUACUUCUACCAUAGUUAAACUUCACCCUGUUAAUUUCCACAGCAUGUUCUUUGAAAGCAGAAAGAAAGGUGUAAAGAGAAUCAGACCUUUCCAUGAAACCAGUGUUUGGUGCCGUAUGUAAGCCUGGUUAAUUGGUCUUCUAAAAGCUGUCAAAGUAAUAAGACAUUCUGUGAAAGGUAAACACAGCUGGUUAUAAAAGUCUAAAACCAUCAAGCCAACAGGGUCUUGAUAUCCUUGAAAGCUUACUGUGCUAGUCUGCACCAGAAGAUGUCUGCAUUACUCUGCUAAAAAUGUGUAGCACAGAACUGCACUAGGAUUGAUUUGUUUACAAGAAGAAAUUAAAACUCUUUAACAUUUGGUUUUCACAUACAGCAGCUCUAUCGAAUAACAUGCAUCUGAAUUUUUAAGUUGCAAAAGUUAACAGUUCAUUUUUCCUGUGCAUCGUUUGUUGAAUGUUUUGGUUCAAGAAAGAAUGUUUAAAGCUUUUUAAAGACUUCAGUUCUCAAUGUAACUGUACCCUUCUGCAUGGAAAACCAUAACCAACAUGGCUGCAGUAGACUUCUUAGUGGUAACCAGCACCACUUGCAGAGGGCUGCUUUAUCAUAUUAAUUGUACUUGGGUGUAGGACUCUAGUGUUCUUGGGUGUAUUGCAUGGGCUGCAUUAUCUACAGCAUUGUACAAUAACAACUAGAAGAGGCAGUAUACUUCACUGAUGCUUGUCUGGUAAUACCACUUCUGUGUUAUAAUGGAAGGUUUUUUGUGAUGUAUGAAACUUGUGUUUUUUAUAUAUAAAUGAGUACAGUUAGAUUAGUGUUGUGGUAAUGCCUGUUUUCAUCUGUAAAUAGUUAAGUAUGUACACGAGGCACUACUGAUUUAUUGCAGUGUUUGGUCCUAGUUUUUACUUUUAUUCUUAAAACAUUCAGUUUUGCUUUCAAUUUUAUGUACCUUAGUUCUGAGUUAGAUCUGCAGAUGUGUACAGAUAGCUCAUAUUUAUGUAUUGCACAUAAUCAUGCUAUUCAGCAUCAAUGCUAUAUUGUAUUAUGUAAAUAAUAAAAGCCAUGUACAGAGGGAAACACUCACUUGUUCAUUGGGUUUUUAAGCCACAGCUAGAAUCCUAAAGGGAGAAUAUUAGAAAAUGUUUCAUAUACAACCUUUCAGUUGCAUACAUAGAUUUUGCAUGAUUAUAUUGUAAUUAUUUUUUCAUUGCCAUCCCUGAACUUCACUUACUCAAGAACCAUGAGAUGAGUUUUGUGAAACAUUUUCAAGUAUGAUACAUGAUAGGCAGUCAGUUUAUCUUUGAAGAAAUGAAUAGGUACCUUCAGGAUCAAAACAAUCUUACAGCUUAAGGGGAGAAGGAAAUUAGAACAAUUGUGACCUAUCUUCCUUUUCCUUUUUUUUUUUUUGCUUUAUAGAUAACUUAGGAUAAACUUAUAAAUUUGAAGAGAAGAGUAGGCAUGACUUUGUAUACAAAAAUAGGCAUGGUUUUUGUUUUGGGUUUGGUCCUAAUGUAAAGUGGACCCAAAGGGUCAGUUCUGCAGGUGUGACACCAGAUAACAACAAGGAAUAGUUAACAUGCUGACUUUGCCAGUGGGAUAGCUCAAAUUGAGAGCAGAACCAUUGCUUUUCAAUACAGGCAGCCCCCAGGUUAUGACCGCUUUCCAUUCCUAAAUCUGUCUUUAAUUUGAAUUUGUAUGUAAGUUGGGACAGUUAGGUAUGGUUUGUAUUUAACAUCAGUCAAAUGUCUUAGUGUGUAGUACAUAAUGUACCUUUUUAUGCUUAAAAAAAUUAAACUUCAGAUACACUAAAAUAUAAUAAUACAGUAACAAUGUUUUGAUGUGCAUUGUAAAGUAGCACCCAUUCUGUUGUUAGGGACCAUGGUUUGUAUCUUGAAUUUUUGAUAGGCUUUACGGGGCUUGGUUCCUAACUGCAAUGUUCUGUGGAAGCUGGAUGUUUGUAACCUGGGGACUGCCUGUAACGGAGUCUGGGAUAGAAAUAUUACUCAGUGGUUUGCUUAAAUAUGUCACAAUACUUUGCCUGCUAUUUCUUCUGUUGGUUCAAGUGGGGAAAAUUCAUAUAUGUAGAAAUCCAUGUGCUGAGAUGAGACUAUCUCCCUGGAUAUGAAAGGUAUUGAGGAGUGACAUGUUGAAAAUGAUGGCAUUUAGAAGGAAAAUUUAUAUUCAAGUUUAAAGUGAGAUGUAUUACCCCCACCUCUGUCAGCAAAACUUUGCUUGAUAAAUUUUAAAUCUUAAGGUUUUGAAACCAGAGUGACAUGCAGUGAAAAACAGAUUUUGGAUUUAAGGGUUUAAUUUGUCAAGAGCAUCAAUAGGUUGAUGAGAAGGGUAAUAAAAGUGUAAGGAAACUAGGAAAAUUGUAUUCUACCUAGACUCUUGGAAACCUGAAUAUUUCUCUCAGUCCAGACUAUUGACUUUGGAAUGUUCAUUAAGAAAUACUAAGUAUUUUAAGAAUGUUAACGCUAUGACAGGCUGUGAUGAUGUGAACUAGCUAUAUGACCUUGGGCUAGUCCUUUAACCUGAUUUAAUUCUCGGUGGGCCUGGUCUGUAAAACUAGAGCUUCAGGUUUGAUCUGCAAUGGGCUUCCCAUUGUGAGGAUUAAUUUUCAAAGAAAACUUACUUGACAAGUAUGGACUCUGGAACCAGGCUAUUAUCUGUAAAUAACAGUACCUACUUCAGAGUUGUGAGAAUAAAGUAUUUUAAAAACAGUGCCUGACAUAUAGUAAGUAUUCACUAUUAAUUUUAAUAUCUUGUAAUGAUUUCCAGGACUUGGAAAGAAAGUUGAGAAUGAGAUUAAAUGGUUAAAUUUUACUGCGAAAAGGUACAGGUGCUGUAACUUUUUAACUUCCAGUUUAAAGUGACAAAUCAUUCUUUUCUGUAAGGCUUUCUUUGCAGAUGUCUGUUUUAAAUGAAGUUCCUAGCAAGUAAGUAAAAACAGGCAAAUGUCUGCUAAGUAAUGUCAUAGCAACAUGAUAAGCAUAGUACUGUUAUAACUGAUUUUUUUUUUUUUUGGAUUGGCAAUACAUUCAUAUAGUUGAAAAAUGAGUUUAUAAAUAGAUAUACAUUGAGAAGCAAAGC